UUAUGCUCAAGAGUUAAGUAACAAGAACAACAGUAUCAACAAAAAAAAAAGUAGCAAAAAAAACAUCUGAUUUUAAGCCCAUUGCUCUAAAAGGCAACCACUGGUCACACUAGCAAGCGAUAAGGUUGAAGUUCGAGCUGGUGAAACCAUUGAGCUGUCAGCGAUAGUACAGGGACUGCCAGAUGAACAUAAGGUUCUAUGGUUUCAUAAUAAUGAGAUUCUCACACAAGGGAGCUUGACUGUUGCCAGUGAACCUCGGAUACAAGCUUAUCGUUCUGGUGAUGAGUACUUCUUGCGUAUAGAUGCCGCUGUUUCGGAUGAUUCCGGUCUUUACACUAUUCUAAUUGACCAUCUUGAUCAGAAUGCUACAGUGGCCGUAAAAGUAAAUGAAGUAAAAAGUGAAACAAAGGAGCACAAAUGUAUACCCGGUCAAAAGGCAUGCCAAUCUGGGCAUUGCUUACCAAAAAACUUGUUUUGUGAUGGCUACGUCCAUUGUCCAGAUGGUGACGACGAAAUGAAUUGUUCAGAAACCAAACACCAGUCCAAUCAUCAUCGAACCUCACAACCGACAGUUCCAUGCCCGGAUGGGUCUACUCCAGAAUACAGCCUGUGA